AUUGAUGACAGGAGGGAGCACCAAGCAAUUAUUCUAUAUUAAAUGAGGGCAUCUUAGUUGAGUAUAAGAAUGAUUUAUUUAUCACUCCAAUGCAUUUUCUUUAACAAUGUAAUUUGGUCAAUGUAGACAAUAGGAAUGGAGAGGGUUACUGAAUUUUCUAACAUUACAUCAACUUACAUUUUCCUCUCUUUUGCAGGUAGUCAGUAUUGAUGCAUUGCUUUUUCAAUUGGCAGGCGAUCAACCAGUUGUUGCACAGAAAAUCACUAAACUUCUUCUCCCUUCAUAUUUCCCCUCAGAGGUUAAACCGGAAGAAGCUUGUAAGCGUUGUGUCACCCUUAUAAAGAGGUCUCCUUCAGCUGGAUCAAGGUUUUGCGAAUUCGCUGUAUCAGCAGGAGCCACCCUCCCGUCCUUAAUAAAAUUACUGAAAGUUUUGAUUCAUUUGGUUAUUUCAGAGGAUGAAAACCUGGAAAAAGAUCAGAUUAAUAGUAUGAUUAUUGCCACAUCGCAUCUUUAUAGCCAUCUUAUUAAGGAAACACCUUUCAAGGCUAGUCUUAAGAAACAGCUAUCAGGAAGAACACUACAAACCCUGUUUGGUGCAGCAACUACAACCCAAGCUAAAUCUUCUAUUUGUAGUAUUGUUUCAACAAUUUCUGCAGAUGCCAUUGAUGAUCUUUUUGAAGAAUUCUUGCCCUUGGUAACCAAUUGCAGUGGACUUACUGGUAGUGUGGAAAGGCAAGCUGAGGUGAGAUCAGUACACAUGAUGAUGUUGUCUUGUGGUUGGUUUGAUAAUAUGUUUGAAUCUCUAUCAGAAAUUCUUCAAGAAAUUGUUCACUCUAUGAAUGACUCAGCAGAACAAGAGGCUCCAUCCACUAAACGGAAGAAACAAAAAUUCUCCACCAAAAGAACUUCAAAAUGCAAGUACCCUAACCUGAAAAAGGCAUUGACCAAGACCAAAUUCAGCUCUGCUGACACUUAUGAGAUUGCUGAGGGAAUAGCCUUGCAAGUAAAUGAUCUACUGCUGUUUGAAAGUACAAGAAAAGCUGUGCUAGGGUCUGGAAUAUUAGAAACUGUGUUUCUUGCUUUGAAGACUAUCUCAGAGUUUAGUAUUUUGCAGCCUUGGGAGUGUGGUGACAUGAAUGUAUAUCCACUUUUAGCUUACACAGCUCUUAGCUUGCAAAUGUCUGCAAUAAAUGUCAGUGACUGUGAAGCUAAGCAAUCUUCAAAGAGGAAAGUAGCCACAGAAUCAUCCUCAACCACAAAGGUACAUUACAAGUCAUGUUAAUGUUUUUUUUCCUUUUCAUAUAGGGGAGUUUUAUGGGUCACUUUGGAUGGAAUUUUCUUAGUGUUUUAGAGCACCAAGUCUAUUUCUUAAUGUGUGUGUUUGAUGGUUUAUUAUGCAUGUAAUGUGUAUUUGUGAUUUUAUAUAACAAUGAUAGGAACAAGAUAAUAAUACUACUAAUAAUAAUAGAAUAGUACGGAGUAUUAAAUAGGGUGGUAUUGUAAAAAUGAGGGUCUGGGCCAUGUAAAGAAUUAUGGACUGGCCCAUAAAAAUAGAAUGACUAUAAGAGUAGGGAACAAGGGAAGAAGGAGGCGGUUAUACAGUUAGAGAGCUCUGGCACUCUCGAACUGCCCAGAAAAUUAGUAUAGUUUCCAGGGCCACCAAUUUGCCAGUUGCUCAAAUUUGGUGGAUCUUUGAUUAAAGGGAUAGUAUCACAGCUAUCGAGGUUAUCCCACAAAGUGAAGGCCAAGAACAUGUUUGGGGAAAAUACCAGAAAGAUGUCAGGUAUCAUUGGUUUGUUUCAUCUGAAAAGAGCAGUGAAAAUUCCUGUGAGCCUUUAUCAUCACAGCAUUCUUGCUCAUACAAUCUUCAGUUCGAAGAAUAGGCCAUUCUAUGAGGUGUGAAUGCAGUCAAUGCACUGAUAGAGUAUACCUUAAACUUCAUGGAUCUUUUGGAGAAAUUAUUACAGUACAAACUGUUUGUGAUAUGGAAAGCAGUGAUCUCAAUUCAAAACAGUUGCAAUUUUAUGAGAACAAUUGCUGGGCUACUUGGCAAUCUGAGCAACAGAACAAGCAUUAUGUUCUCAAGAGUAACAACAUUACUCUCCCUGAAGUGAAUUUGGAUAAACCAGGGUGUGGACUGCUUUGUUCAAAAGGGAUAAUAAAAUUUCAAGUACUGAAGCUCUUGAUUCCGCCAUCUAUGAGGUACUGGGAAGGAAGAGGCGCCAGGAUGAAGUUGAUUUCUAGGCGUGUUUCCUAUCACCCACCUUGAGGACAAGGUGGUUGUCAACGUUGAGUAAUGAUAGGAACAAGAUAAUAAUACUAAUAAGAAUAAUAAAAUAGUAUUAUCUAGGGUGAUAUUGAUAAAAAUAUAAGUGGAUAAAUAUAUAAUUGACUGAAAUAUACUGGAAUUAUUUAGGAGAGAAUGCUUCACAAAAUAGA